AUGCAUAAUCAAUACCGAGAAAUCCCACCUUAUCCCCUCGCAGGUUCCCACCUUUCUGGGUGCGUCUCUCGACCUGCGCAGGGGAUUGGCCCGCCCUUCGGGGGAACGCCUACUGAACCUUCGGCAGUGCGUUUCUCUCUUCCUCCCAGCAGUGGUGGCCCCAGCGCUGGCCUGGCUCAGACUGUUGGGCCUUAUGGCCAGCAUGGUGGAUUUGGUGGACUUCUGCAGGUUGAGGAUGAGGCCCAUUCAACUUCACCUGCUCUCCUUUUACAGGCCCAUCCGUCACCGAAUCCACCACCCGGUGCCGCCCACGCCCUGGCUAGUCCCCCACCUUCGCUGGUGGCUAGCCGAUGCGAACAUCUCGCAGGGCCGGGCUUUUCGUCCGCCCCCGCCGUCGGUGACCGUCACGACCGACGCGUCACUCCUCGGCUGGGGGGCAACCCUCCACCCGCGUCAAAUCGCAGGCGUGUGGGGUUCCGGACACCGAUCGGCCCACAUCAACGUCCUGGAAAUGUUGGCAGUCUCCAACGCACUACGACAUUUCCAGUCGGACGUCAGGGGUCGUGCGGUCCUGGUGAGAUGCGACAACGCCACAGUCGUGGCCUACAUCAAUCACCAGGGGGGCACCCGGUCGGGUCACCUGUGUGCACUGGCCUGGGAUCUCAUCCACUGGUGCACACAGCGGGGAACAGCACUAUCGGCAGUACACAUUCCGGGCGUAGAGAACGUCACAGCAGACGCUCUCUAAAGGGGCUGGAUUGCCCCCACGGAAUGGUCCCUUCUCCCACAGGUGGCUCGGUCGCUCUUCCACUUGAUCGACCGGCCACACGUGGACCUGUUCGCCUCCCAUGCGAACCACCAGUUGCCGAUCUACUGCGCAAGGGGCCCAGACCCCAACGCAUGGAAGAUCGACGCUCUAUCAGUAGAAUGGGACGGCCUACUGGCUUAUGUGUUCACACCCAUCUCGCUCGUCUCUCGGGUUCUGACCAAGAUCGAGCAAGAGGAUUGCCGGGUCCUUCUCAUAGCCCCGUUCUGGCCCCGCCAACCGUGGUUCCCACGACUCAUCAGGUUACUGGUCCAUCGUCCGGUGAUCCUACCAGGGCGAGCGGAUCUCCUGUACCAGCCCAGCUCAGGGAUGGUCCAUUCGGAUCCGGGGGAUCUUCACCUGACGUGCUGGGUACUGUCACGCGAUCCCUCCGCUCAGCAGGCCUUUCGCAACGGGCUGCAACAAUCGCAGCCCAGUCACGACGGGCCUCCACCAGGAAGGUAUACAACAGCCGACUACGCCAUUUCUUUAAAUGGUGUGGCCGGGAAUCCCUCCAUCCUACCAAUACUUCUGUAGGGGAGGUGGGGGAUUUCCUGGUGUAUCUCCUAGAUAGCAGCCAGACGACCGGUACGGUCAGAAACUACAGGUCAGCUGUCGCUGCGAUCCACCCCGGAUUCCCAGACGGUUCCUCCGUCUCAGACAACGGGGCCCUUAGCCAGUUGAUCAAGGGGAUGUUUGUCACCCGUCCCCCAGAACGCAAACUCGUCCCGUCUUGGGACCUGUUCGACGUUCUGUCAACCUUAGCAGGGCCGCCCUACGAGCCUAUGGAUUGCUCCACACUCCUACAGCUCUCAGUCAAGUUGGCGUUUCUCCUGGCCGUCGCUACUUCGCGACGGCGCAUUGAGCUGCACGCCCUGUCGGUAGAGACCGGACAUAUCCGAUGGGAACCAGGCGGAGUCCGCCUGGUCCCCACGACCGGCUUUUUAACCAAGAACCAGUCAAGUUCCUUCACGCCCCCGGACAUUUUUGUCCCGGACAUCAAGUCCUUUUCAUCAGAGGCGAAGGACAAACUGUGGUGCCCCGUCCGGGCACUUAAGUGGUACUUGAAUCGUACGAAGUUGCUUCGUACGGACCAUAAAAAGCUGUUCGUGACGACAACACUGCCUUUCGGCCGGCGUCACAGUGCACCAUCUCACGAUGGAUCGUGA